UAAAUAGAUAGAUUUAUUUACGCAGAACUUCAAGAUUAUAUUUUGGACUUAUUAUUAAAAAAGAGUUUCGCUAUUUUAGCCACCGUUACUUACUAAAUUUCUAAACUGAAAGUGGUUGGUGGAGUAGAACAAAAGAGCCAAAUCUUUCCAGAUGGAAAAUGAGAUACGGAAGAAACCCAGAAUCCUGUGUCUGCAUGGAUUCAGGACAAGUGCUGCAAUCCUGAAGAAAUUGGUAGAGAGGUGGCCUGGAGAUGUACUAGAGAAAUUAGAUCUCGUCUUUCUGGAUGCUCCUUUUCCUGCUAGAGGAAAAUCUGAUGUUGAAGGCAUCUUUGAUCCUCCUUACUAUGAGUGGUUUCAAGGCAACCAGGAUUUUACUGAGUACUGGAAUUUUGAAGAAUGUUUAACUUACAUAGAAAAUUACAUGAUAGAGCGUGGGCCUUUUGAUGCUGUACUUGGUUUUUCUCAGGGGGCAAUUUUAGCAGCUGCCUUGCCAGGAAUGCAGGAAGAUGGAGUAUGCCUUACCAAGGUUCCAAAGAUCAAGUUUUUGAUAAUAAUUUCAGGAGCUAAGUUUGGUGGAACCAAGUUCGGGCUGCCUAAACUGGCUGUUAGUGCAUUUUCAUCCCCAGUGGAAUGCCCUUCUCUCCACUUCAUAGGGGAAACAGAUUUUUUGAAGGAAGAGGGGAUUGCCUUAUUGGAGUCAUUUGUUAAUCCUAUAAUCAUUCAUCACAGCAAGGGACACACUAUACCAAAACUUGAUGGAGAAAGCUUGGAGAAGACACUUGGCUUCAUUGAGACUAUCCAAAAGGAAUUACGCUUACGGAAUCAAAUUAUGAUGUAUGGUCUCAACUAAUGGAAAUGCAUAUUGCUGAAAGAGAAAAGCUUUCCUAUAUUCAAGGAAAAAUAAAACCACGUGUUGAAUCAGAGGAUGGGUAUGAAAAGUGGUAUGCUGAAAACCAAAAGGUGAAAAGAUGGCUGCUAAUGUCUAUGAGUCCAGAGAUUAUGAAGCGAUAUUUACGCUUAUCCACUGCUCAUGAAAUCUAGACUGCUUUAUCAAAAGCUUUUUAUGAUGGCAGUGAUGAGUUGCAGCUCUUCGCCUUAAACCAGAAAGCAUUUGCAGCCAAACAGAAUAGAAGAUCUCUCUCUGAAUAUUAUGGAGAACUAACUGCAAU